AUGACAUUAUUUCGUGGUAAUUUAUUCUUAUAUUGUGUUGCCUGUUUUGCUUCUAUUGGUCAAUUCUUAUUUGGCUAUGAUCAAGGGGUUUUAUCAGGAAUUUUGGUAAAUGAAAGUUGGUUAACAGAAUUUAAUCAUCCUAAUGAUACGAUACAAGGUAUGGUGGUCAGUGUGUUCUUACUUGGUGCUUGGGUGACAUCUUAUCCUGCUAGUUGGGUCAUGGAUCAAUUUGGUCGCCGAUCUACUAUCUUCUCUGGUGCCAUCGUCUUUAUUAUUGGUGGCGUUCUACAAACUGCUGCUAUCAAUAUGCCUAUGCUUAUGAUCGGUAGAAUAUUGAGUGGAUUUGGUAUUGGCUUUUUGUCUACUGUGUUACCUGUCUAUACUGCUGAAUUAUCUCGUGCUCAUAACAGAGGAACAGUGACUGUAAUGGGAAUGGCAAUCAAUAUGUUUGGUUAUCUUUGUUCUUGUUUUGUGGAUUAUGGUGCUUCCUAUAUUGAUUCGGAAUGGUCCUGGCGACUUCCUUUACUAUUACAAUGUGUAUUCGCUGUGAUCUUGGCAUUGGGUACCUAUUUAUUACCUGAAUCUCCUCGAUAUUUGAUCAACAAGGAUAAUCAUAAAGCUGCCCUGAAAGUAUUGACUGAUAUGUACGAUGAAACAGCUGAUCAUCCAGAUGUGCAGGAUGAAUACAAUGGUAUCACUUCAGCUGUACAUUAUGAACGUACUAUGGGAACACCAACAUGGAUGGAAAUGUUUACUACUUAUCGUAAACGAUCUUUUAUUGGUAUUGCUGUUCAAGCUUUAGGCCAGCUUUGUGGAAUCAACAUCGUCACCUACUAUGCUCCAAAAAUGUACGAAAGAGUGUUAGGACCUGGUAGAGCAUCUAUUUUAUUCAGUGGAUUUACAGCAUUAGCUUACUUUGGUGGAGCAAUUGUAUCAACAUUAUUGGUGGAUCGUGUAGGUCGACGACCAUUAUUCAUGACUGGCAACUUUUUCAUGGUCAUCUGGUUAGUAAUCAUGGCAGUGUUCAACAAGGUCUCAUUAGGUGAAACGUCUGCAAUAUUGGUGAUUGCCUUCACAAUGAUUUAUGUAGCAACAUUUGGUGCUUCAUGGGCGUGCACAGACUGGCUGUAUCCUGCGGAACUCUUUCCAUUGCGUGCACGGGCUAAAGGUAUGAGUUUAGCAGUAGGAUCCAACUGGAUUAGCAACUUUUGUAUUGGAUUAUGGACCCCUCCGAUGCUGGCAUCCAUUGGGUUUGGUACAUAUGUCUUUUAUGCUGCAUUCAACGUUGUGGCCUUCUUUACUGUCUACUGUUUCUUUGUGGAAACAAAGGGGAAAAGCUUGGAAGAAAUCGAUGCCUUAUUUGGUGAUAUCAAUCAUGCUCACGUGGAAGAUAUCUUGGGUCCAAGCAAGACAGCUAUAAACUCUUUUAAUGAUGAUGAUCGGAACGAAAAGAAGGAAUUAUCUGUCUAGGAUCUCGAACAUCAACAAGUUUAGUUAGUUAGUUUUAGUUUUACUUAUUGUAUUUUUAUAUAUUUGGAAUAUAUGAU